AACAGUUAAAUUUUGACAGCUGGUCAUCGUAUUGCAGUUCGCUUAUAAAAUGCUAUGGGAAAUGUCACUGCUAAUGUCGAAAAUAACGUAAACUAUUUAUUUACUGUAUUUAUAUACCGUGUGGACAUUUUUUCGAACUGUCGAGGAAUGAUAAUCAGAGGAAAAGGAUCUUUCGGCUAGUUUAUCUACUAGCUAGCCGAAGCUGCUCCUCUUGUUAGCUCCAGUUAACGAAAGUUGCUCCAUGGCGAUCUAUGGGCUGAACAUUACCAUAUAUAGACCGACAACAGAACUCCCUCGCCGGUGAAGAAAUGUAAACGGUGGCUCGCUGAGGAGGCUGACUGAAGUACAAACCAACACUAAGGAAAAAACAUAGCCACACCGGCUUCACCAUGUCAUCUGAUCAGAUUAUCGCCAUCGUCAUGGAUGACAAAAUCUACGAGGUGAAUAAAAAGAAGCUCAUUGAGAAGAGCGACUACUUCAGAGCUCUGUACAGCUCCGGGAUGAGGGAGUCCACGGAGGACUCGGUGCAGCUGCAGGGACUCAGUGUUCCUGGUCUGGAGCUGGUUUUAGAGUUUAUCAACACCUCAAAGGUCCAGGUAGUCAACGAGACUCUGGAGGAUCUGAUUGAGACCGCCUCCUUCCUUCAGGUCACCUCCAUCCUCAAGCUCCUCACCUCUGAGAUCCGCUUGGACAACUGCGUGGAGCUGUACAGCCUCUCUGAAGUCUACGGCACCCACGAUCUGCGCCAUGCCUGCUUCAAAUACAUGAGCUGCUACUAUCACCCCAUGCUGAGGAGGCCUGAGUUCCGCAGCCUCCCUUCAGCUGUCAGAGAGCAGGUCAAAGACAUGCGCAUGAAAGGCACAGCCACCCUGGUAGCCAUCGGGGACUUCACCUGUCUGUCCCUGGAUGUGCCUGAUCAGGAUGAGCCCUGGUCCAUGCUGAGGUAUGGAGAGGUGGAGCAGCGAUGGAAACCACUAGCAAACAACCUGCCUCCGGAUAUGAUCAACGUUAGAGGGUAUGGAUCAGCUGUUCUUGAUAACUACCUGUUCAUAGUGGGAGGAUACAGGAUGACGAGUCAGGAGAUCUCUGCAGUCCACUGUUACAACCCCUGCAGGAAUGAGUGGAACCAGGUGGCUCCGCUCAACCAGAAGAGGUCAAACUUCAAGCUGCUGGCGGUGCAGGGGAAGCUGUACGCUGUAGGAGGUCAGUGUUUGGGCACAGUGGAGUGUUACAGCCCAGAGCAGGACUGGUGGACGUGUGUGUCCUCAAUGCCCGACCCGCUUGCUGAGUUCUCUGCUUGCGAGUGUCAGGGGAUGAUCUACGUCAUGGGUGGAUACACUGCAAGAGACAGGAACACAAGUGUCCUGCGUUAUUGCCCCACCUCUGACUCCUGGACCAUUUUCCGCUCCUGCUCAGCGCACAUCCGUAAGCAGCAGAUGCUCUCGGUGGAGGACACCAUCUACCUGGUCGGAGGUUACACCCAUGAGCUGGCUCAACAUCAGCGGCGUCCCAGCCAGACGGAGGACGUGUUGACGGUGCAGUCGUACAACGUCACCACAGGCGAGUGGCUCCAGCUGAAGGAGAACACAUCCAAAUCGGGCUUGAACCUUACGUGCACACUGCACAACGACGGCAUCUACAUCAUGAGCCGGGAUGUCAGCCUGCCCACCAGCUUGGAGCACCGCGUCUUCCUCAAGUAUAACAUCUUCUCUGACGCCUGGGAGGCCUUUAGGCGCUUCCCCGCUCUGGGACAGAACAUGCUGCUGUGCUCGCUGUACCUCCCAAACCUGCUCUGAUGGAGACGGAGCUGUGGGAACACGGAGCACUGCAGCUUUAACACAGGCCAGUUGGUUGUUCAUGCACAGACUUGAAUUCUGCUGCAUUAGUGGGAACACUGUCUGGUUGCCAGGUUUGACGCCUCGUGACCUCUGUGCCUAUAAAGAAAGCACUACAUUGUACAUACUGCUGUGGAUGCAAAUACAAAACCUACAAUGAUAAGUACGAAAGUGAUGAAGCGCCAUGGCCCAAAGAGCAUCAGAGCAGCUGGCCCCAGUUUGUGCCUCUUGAGUGUUUUGAUUAAAGCUGUAUUCAAGUAAGAGUGAUUAUCAUCUGUUUCUCUGAUAAAUAUUUUCCAGGGAAGUUUGAAAAAUAUCCAGAUAUUUAUUAAACACUACUUACUACCAGUCUGGAAGUACUGCCAAGAAUCUGAAAGUCUCUCUCAAAACUUGAGUGAAGAAUGUGAAUGGUUAAAGGACUAAGAUUUAGAAGGCACUACAAGCAGAGAGUGAAAAUAACAUAACUUACAAAAAAUGUUUAUUUUCACCAGCAUAUUACACAAAAACAAAUAAAUGCUGUGUUUCCAUAUUUUAAGAUCUGUUCUUAAUUAGGGCAGUCACAUUAUGCCCAAAAAUAAUGCAUUAUUUAGAAAAAGCUGUUAUUUCCUUGUGAGUACACCGUAGUUAAGGUACUAUAGUGGGCCAGCAGCUGGGUACUACUCACUGUAGCGUCUCCUUGCUCUCAUUGUGAUAUAAAAUUAGAAUCCUGCUUCUCCUUUGGAAAUCUCAAGCUUAAAAUAAUCCUGCUUUGUAAGGCUGUUAGCUUUAAUAUGUUAACCAUGAUUAAAUUAAGGUCCAAAUUUAGUGCAUUGAUUUCUAAAACCUUAUAAUCGAUUGCUAUUUUGUCCCUUCCUGUGCAUCUCUGCAUCACCACCAUGUAAAAUAUGUACAUCACUUCUUUAAAUUUAUCAUUUCAAUUUAAAACCUCACUGACAGCUCAGUGGAUAAAUCAAAAGUUAUUGGCACCCUGAGGUAUCAAACAUUUCCCUGCUUUACCAUUCCUUUAAGCUUUUACUUCUCUAACUCCAAGUCCCUUUUUUCUGUUGUCAAGUUAAUAUGAUAACAUUAAGUCUACUACAAGUUCCUUAUUCUAUUUAAAACAAAAGCAGGCUGUUACUCUCACAGGAUGUUAAGUACUCAUAGUUAAAUACAAAGUAAAAGCAUAACAAAGAACAGUUGCUGGCUGAAAUCUUGUACCUUAUUUAUUAGUCUUAACUGGAUUAUCUAUCCAGAGAAAGCAGCUAAACGAGAACCUCUCAAAGGCAUGAAUGCUUCAUCUUUAACCAGUGAUCUUUUGACUUUCAUGAGUCAUUUUGUACAUGCACUCCGCCUAUCUAUUAAUGUGUAACUUUGUUAAAAACUGUCAUUGACAGAAUAAUUUGAAGCUGUCUCCUACCUGUAAAGGCCGUCUCAGACUGAAUGCAGGGUGGCUAUGUAACAGCUGUGUCAUGGCUUUAGUUUAAUUUCGGGGUGCGCCACGUCUCACAUGCUUAAUACGUACUUCUUAAGAAUCUAGGGAAUAGAGGGCUCAAAAAAGACAGGAAGCCAAAUUUACCUUUUUUUAAGCAUUUAUGCAUUUCCACACCAGUAAAAUACGUCAUAGAUAAGAAACGGCACCAUUACACUUCUGGUUUGGCAUUUCUGUGGAGAAACCCGCCUUGUUUGUACAAAAUGCUACCAUUCUGCCUCAGUAAUAACAUGAUGUAAGUUAGUUGUAGGGAGAGUUACUGAAUGUUAAAAUUACAAAGAAAGACUGGGCUGUGAAAGCAGGGAGAUGCAGUCAGCUUGCAGCGGCGUGAACAUGCACUUAAGCUGUUUUACAGCAAAAGCGCACCCAGUCUGAAAUGGCAGUCAUUCAUGCUUUUAGACCAUGCUGGUGUAGCAGAGCAGCACUCAAUCUAAAAGUCCACAUCAUAAAAUACAUUUCUUUGACUUCAUCUGGUUCACAAAUAGAAAAAAAUGCUUCACGUUGUAAAUAUAGACAUAAAAAUAGUGUUUUGAAAUCCAAAAUAAUUCCAUUGCAAAAUGUGUUAAUCACGACUAACUUAAAAAAUUCAGUCAUUAGUUGUGAUUUGAAACAAUCAGUCAUUUUACAGACCUGUUAUCUGUCUAUGACUCCAUAGACUGCCAUAUUUCUACUUUAGCCCAGAAUUGACCCCAAAGCAGGCCUUGCAGGUUCAUCCUUGGUUUUGUGGCUGACGAGGGUUCUCUGAGCUUAGAAGGAGAAUUUUAUGGUGUACAGCUCAAUGUCAGUGAAGCCCAGUUCCCACAGCCAAUCACAGCUCUUUCUCUCAACACAGUGAUGCAUUUGAAUAUGACGUACUUCUCACUAAUCCCUGCUGACAUUUUUGCCAAUGCACCAUGCUGUUGCUGCUGGCAAAGCUUAACCUCAUCCACCCCAGCCUCCUCCUUUAUAGAAUACAGCUGUCCCCCCCCUUAUAUUCAGAUUCAUCCAAGUUGAAAAAUGAAUUUAAACUUGUUAUACAUCUUGUGGCUUGAGGUUUUUGUGUUUUCAUUUUCACAUAUGCACUGUUACAGACACAAUAUCUCUUUGUAGAUGCUUCAGAUCAGCAUUAAGUGUUACUAAACUCUCAUAUUUCAGACAGAAAGAUGCUUACCCUUCCUAAAAUGUAAUGCUAAUACUUGAGUGGCACAAACUGAAGCUGCAUAACAGCAUGCUUUCAAAUGUAUGGGCUACAAUAUUCUUGAUGUUUACACUCCAAAUGUGGCAUUGGCAUAUGCUUAAUCAAGCUCACUACAAACCUUAAAAUAUCUCAGAAACUUUAAGUCAAACUUUAUGUACUGUACAUAGCAGAUAAUCAUGAAUAUGGCUUUGGUUUUACACUGCCACUUUUAUGAGGUUUAGGUGAGGUGAAAGUUACUGUUGGGAUGCCGAGGCUCAGAGGGAGCUUCAUGUGUUCUUUAUACUCUUGCACUUGUCUUAUUUUUUCCAGAUAAACACUAAGCUAAGCUUAAAGCGCAGCACCAUGAAAUGAUCAAUGCACAUGUGCCUUCUGCAACCUCAAUGAACCGGGGACUUGAUUAAAAAAAAAAGCACAAAAUGCAAGACUUUGUGACAUUGCCAGCAACUGACCAAAACUGCUGUGUUUUAUUUUUUUCUCUGUUGAAGCAGAUUUUCUGUUCUGAGGUACUUCUCAGUUCCUUAAUUUAAUGUUGGAGGUGUGUAGAUGUGAGAAAAUGAGCCUCAAAGCAGAUUUUUAUCCCUGAAACUCUUGGAUGUUUUGGUUGUAUGCAGCACUGAGGAUGUUUGGUUUGGUGGAUUUCAGAUUCCGUCUGUAUUACUUCUUUGUUUGAGGACUUCGGUGAUAUAAUAAAGAUGAUGUUCAGGGGC